UAUGUGCUGCCUGUUUUCCUGCAGCAGACGAGAAGGAGGUGGUGUCGAGACUGGAAAGAUUCAACAACAUCGUAACCUCAACCAACACCACUAUACAAUGAAAUUAUCAUCAGUCAUACCCGCUUCUGAACUACAUUACUUCACCCUUCUACUGGUAACAAGUCUGUAUACUCCAGGACGAGGAGAGAUAACCAGUCUGGAUUCUGGAAACAUCGAUGACAUCCUUAACAAUGCAGGGGUGGCUCUAGUCAACUUCUAUGCAGACUGGUGUCGAUUCAGUCAAAUGCUUCACCCUAUAUUCGAGGAGGCAUCAAAUAUAGUAAGGGAGGAAUAUCCAGAAGCUACACAGGUGGUGUUCGCGCGGGUGGAUUGCGACCAACAUUCUGAUAUAGCCCAGCGGUACAGGAUAAGUAAAUACCCCACCCUGAAGCUGUUCAGAAAUGGCAUGAUGAUGAAGCGAGAGUACAGGGGUCAGAGGUCAGUGACCGCUAUUGCUGAUUUCAUCCGCCAACAGAAAGUGGAUCCAGUCAAAGAGGUUCAGAGUCUGGAGGAGAUCAGCACUAUAGAUAGGAGUAAACGCACCAUCAUUGGUUACUUUGAGCAAAAGGACUCAGACAACUAUCAUAUUUAUGAGAAAGUGGCCAACAUCCUAAGAGAUGACUGUGUUUUUAUGGCAGCUUUUGGGGAGGUCUCUAAAGCAGAGAGGUUCAGUGGUGAUAAUAUUAUUUAUAAGCCAUUAGGAGAAAACACUCCUGACAUGGUCUUCAUGGGCUCACUCACGAACUUUGACCUUAGUUAUGCCUGGGCGCAGGACAAGUGUGUGCCCUUAGUCCGAGAAAUCACUUUUGAAAAUGGAGAGGAACUGACGGAAGAAGGCAUCCCAUUCCUGAUCCUCUUCCAUCUAAAGGACGACACAGAGAGCCUGGAGAAGUUCCAGCAAGAAGUGGCCCGCCAGCUGAUCAGCGAGAAAGGUUCUAUAAAUUUCCUUCACGCCGACUGUGAUAAAUUUCGGCACCCUCUGCUACACAUACAGAAGACACCUGCUGACUGCCCUGUAAUUGCCAUAGAUAGUUUCCGCCACAUGUACGUCUUCCCAGAAUUCAACGAUCUCGCGGUUCCAGGAAAGCUGAGGCAGUUUGUAUUGGACCUGCAUUCAGGAAAGUUGCACAGAGAGUUUCAUCACGGCCCAGAUCCCACAGACAGCACUCCAGGACAGGAGGAGAACGGAGAGGUGGCCAGCAAUCCUCCAGAAAGUUCGUUUCAGAAAUUAGCCCCCAGUGAGACACGCUACACCAUCCUCAGGGACCGGGACGAGCUGUGACAUCACAUCCGCAUCACGACCCAACCCAGAACCCAGCAGUCAUGCAAUGCCUACACAGCACUGCCGCUGCCUGCACAACCUCUAUUUUCAUAAUUUUUAUUUUAGAUAUAAAGUGAGAAGGUGAACCUCUGAGCUUUUUUGGGGGUGGGAAAUGAAGAGGAGCGUUUUUACUUUUGUUUAUGGAGCUUGUAAAUAUGUUUGUGCUCUGUGGGUCAGUCUUGUCUAAAUUAAAAAACAUUCUUUUUUUUGUCCCUACAUUUUGUCUACCCAAGUUCCCCCCUUUUUUGUAGGAAGAUAUUGGUACAAUGGUGGCCCUCUUUUGUUGGGAGCGUGCAUUCAGUUGACUAUGGAUCUUAAGUGCGGGCAUUCAUGGAAAAUCGGGGUCUAUAAAGAACAAGUCUGCAGUCAACCUGUAGGGUUUUACUUCAGUCCUCCACCGAGCGUGCUCAGUGUGGCUGUGUGUGUGAAUGUGUGUGCGCGAGUUUGCACAUGUAUGUUACAUGUGCUUAUUAGUCUGUAAUCGUAUGUACUGUACUGUUCCAAAUCUGUUCAAAUUCACGCUCUCGAA